AGCCAUCCUACCUCGCUGCCUUCCUGAGCCAAUGGCUGCCGCGGAGCUUGAUGCUGGCCAAUCCGGAGAAGGCUGUGUUGUGUCGGGUUGGGUUGGCCGAGCAGAAGGAGGGUGUGGGACGGGCGCUGGAGGGCGGCGGGCUCGGGCGGACAUGGCGCUGCAGUUCGGCGGGGUGGGCGCGGCGGGCACGGCUGAGGAGCCGGCGUUGGUGGGGGGUAGCUUCGGGGCUGCGGACUCCUUCCCCAAGGACUUCGGCUACGGGGAGGAGGAGGAGGAGGCGGAGCUGGAGGGAGGCCCGGGGCCCGGCGGGCCCGGUGGCGGCGCGGGCGGGCCCGGCGGCGGCGCGGGCGGGGCGGACUCCAAGCCGCGGAUCCUGCUUAUGGGGCUGCGGCGCAGCGGGAAGUCCUCCAUCCAGAAGGUGGUAUUUCACAAAAUGUCUCCCAAUGAGACUCUGUUCUUGGAAAGUACCAACAAGAUCUACAAAGAUGAUAUUUCCAACAGUUCAUUUGUGAAUUUCCAAAUAUGGGAUUUUCCUGGACAGAUGGACUUUUUUGAUCCAACAUUUGAUUAUGAGAUGAUCUUCAGAGGAACAGGUGCUCUAAUAUAUGUUAUUGAUGCCCAGGAUGACUACAUGGAAGCUUUAACAAGACUCCACAUUACAGUUUCAAAAGCCUACAAGGUCAACCCGGAAAUGAACUUUGAAGUUUUUAUUCAUAAAGUUGAUGGUUUAUCGGAUGACCAUAAAAUAGAAACUCAGAGGGAUAUUCAUCAGAGGGCUAACGAUGACCUUACGGAUGCUGGGCUUGAAAAACUUCACCUUAGCUUUUAUUUGACCAGUAUAUAUGACCAUUCAAUAUUUGAAGCCUUCAGUAAAGUGGUACAGAAGCUCAUUCCGCAACUGCCAACGCUGGAAAAUCUACUAAAUAUCUUUAUAUCAAAUUCAGGCAUUGAAAAAGCUUUUCUCUUCGAUGUAGUCAGCAAAAUCUACAUCGCAACAGACAGUUCUCCUGUGGACAUGCAGUCAUAUGAGUUGUGCUGCGACAUGAUUGAUGUAGUGAUAGAUGUUUCCUGUAUAUAUGGGUUAAAGGAAGAUGGCACUGGAAGUGCUUAUGAUAAAGAGUCAAUGGCAAUUAUCAAGCUCAAUAACACAACGGUCCUGUACUUAAAGGAAGUAACAAAGUUUUUGGCAUUAGUUUGCAUUCUUAGAGAAGAGAGUUUUGAGCGCAAAGGUCUGAUAGACUACAAUUUUCAUUGCUUCCGCAAAGCCAUUCAUGAAGUCUUUGAAGUAGGCGUUGCCUCCCACAGAAUCUGCAACCAUCAAUCAAGCGCCUCAAAUAUGAAAGCAGUGACUCACAAUGGCACACCUAGGAAUGCAGUCUAGCGGAAAACUGAAGACGUUGGAUAGACUUGUCAGCUCUUCACUCCAAAGUUUUGUGGAACAAGAGGAGUAGUCUGAAAGCCUGAAGUAUGUUUCACAGGAGAAGAGUGGCGGUAACUGUGGAACAGCAGCUUGUAACUCAUGUUGGACAACUGAAACUACUGUAAAAAUACUUUGAGGCCAGUGGAGUUAGAAAAGCCAGUUUGAAACCAGCUUUAUUGCAAGUGCAGUGGUUUUUCAGUUUGGAGUCCUAUUUUAACAGUCUGUCUCUGACUGAUUGCCCGAUCAAAACUUACAAACGAUGGAGUUGAGUUUUGUGUGAAACACUGAAUAGUCACUUGCUCAACUCUUUUUUUUUUUUUUUUUUAAAAUAUGUAGAAUAUCCACUUUUGCUUAAGUUUACCCUUUUGUCACAGGGAAAAAGAAAAAAACAGGUGGUGUUAUUAUUUAGGUUUGUGAAGCUCAGGCUUUUUGUUUGGUGAGGCUGGUCUCACAAAUCAUUCCAUAAAGUAGUUCUUGCUCUUGCCGGUGUGCUCAGAGUGUUCUCAUGAAUUCUGUACUUGUUAAGUGGAUGCAAGGUAGAGCUCUGUUCUAGCGAUUCUAUGUUUGUUUGGAGAGCUGACCUGGAGCUCCAUUUUAAGAGAUCGUGAUACUUUGCUUUCAGACCACGCUUCUUGGUAUGCCCCCUUUGAUGGAAGGGAAGUAUUAAAACCAGAAAUAAACUACCUGCUCUCUUUUGCAAAAACAUGGAUGUCAUAAAUCUGUGUGAUUAAUCCCAUUCACAAAACAACUGCAUGGCUAACUAACUAAACUGAAAUGUCUGCCAUUUGUUGGAAUAAAGCAACCGCUUUCAGCUAUUCCCAAGCGAAGAAAUGACAAAGUUACUGACCUUUGAUGGUGGAUCUCUCUCUACCCUCUGACUGAUAAUCAAGACAAUUCCUAGGAAAAUGAGGGUGUUAUCCUUGCACGGCAAUUAAAUGUCAGUGUGCCACAACCUGCUAAUUAUACUGGACGUUGAAAGUGCGUUGAUUCUGUACCGUGGCAAACACUUUCUUAUUUGUCGCCAUGCAAUCUGAAUAGAAUAGUAUUUUUUUCUGAUUUUGUGAAUGCUGGCUUUCAUACUAUGGGAGGUAUAUCUGAAUUGUUUUAAUCUAAUUUAUUGGUAUUGGUAUUAUUACUGCAGAUGUCAUUCUGUACAUCAGCCUUGCUAUGCAGUAAGCUCAGCUACUGGCCUGUAAAGAUCUUGCCUCUUUUUACCUGUCCCUAUGUGUGUAUAGGUGUUGCGAAGCCACUGGACCAACUGACUAUACAAGUGCCGCUAUAAAAGUUUCUGCAAGAAGAUCUGUGACUGUAAGCGAUCUCUGCAACCGAUGUAUUUAUGUGGUCAGAAAUAACCACAGGAUUGCUUCUGUGCUUAUAGAAUGGAUUUUCAUUGAUCUAUGUAAAAAUGAAUACACAUGCAUUAACAUUAAGGUGUACGCACAUACUGUGUAAAUGUUCUUCCUUUGUUUUAAAGAUGUGGUAUGAUACUAAAUACAUAAAGGGUCUCCUCCAAAAGUUACCACAGUAAGCAGGAGACUUGGGAAUUCAAGCGCUCUAGGUCAGUUCUCUUAAUAGCAGUUGUAGUUCUGGACCUAGGCUGAGCCCCUUUUAGGUAACGGAACUGCACGUUUGUGGGGUUUUUUUCUUAAGGAAGUGCUGCGGGCUUUUAAGAUUGUGUGUUGUGGCUUGCAAGCUCUAUCACAGUGCUCUGGUACUCAAGGUGAGAGGAGAAGUAAUUGGCAAGAUCACAGAAAGGAAGAAAUCAUUCCCAUGUGUGUAGUGAGUUUUCCAUGUUCUAAGUAUAUGUGUAUGUUCCUCUUGUCUUCACUCUCUAUAUGAUUUUGUGCUAAUAAAAUGAAAAAGGUCAAACUGUAACACUAUUGUUUCUGCUGGAGGGUAAGACACUUCAACAAAA